AGCUGUUAAACUGAGCAAAGGCAAGCUUGGGGAGUCACAGUCUAUGCAUACAUGAUAGGGAUAUCUGUGCAGAAGUCAGAAGAGGCAGAAGUGGAUGUGAGAGAAAGAGAGACACAGAGAGACAGAGAGCCAAAGAGGGCAAGAGACUUGACUUUAAGAGACUCCUGUACUGACAACUCCAUGCAGUUCGGAACCAGAACGACUACGGCUGAACCAGGGUUCAUGGGGACAUGGCAAAACGCUGACACUAACCUCUUAUUCAGAAUGUCCCAACAGGCCAUCCGUUGCACACUGGUAAACUGCACGUGUGAAUGUUUUCAGCCAGGGAAGAUUAACCUGAGGACUUGCGAUCAGUGUAAACAUGGCUGGGUGGCACAUGCCUUGGAUAAGCUCAGCACACAGCACUUGUACCACCCCACCCAAGUGGAGAUUGUGCAGUCCAACGUGGUGUUUGACAUCAGCAGCCUGAUGCUCUAUGGGACGCAAGCGGUGCCCGUGAGGCUAAAGAUCCUGCUGGACCGUCUCUUCAGCGUCCUGAAGCAAGAGGAAGUGUUGCACAUACUGCACGGCCUGGGCUGGACUCUGCGGGACUAUGUCCGAGGAUACAUCCUUCAGGAUGCUGCCGGCAAGGUGCUGGACCGCUGGGCCAUCAUGUCUCGAGAAGAGGAAAUCAUCACCCUUCAGCAGUUUCUGCGGUUUGGAGAAACCAAAUCCAUAGUGGAGCUGAUGGCAAUUCAGGAGAAAGAGGGGCAGGCCGUGGCUGUACCGUCUUCAAAGACAGACUCAGACAUAAGGACCUUCAUAGAGAGCAAUAAUCGCACCAGGAGUCCCAGCCUCCUUGCUCACUUGGAGAACAGCAAUCCUUCCAGCAUUCAUCACUUCGAAAACAUCCCAAACAGCCUUGCAUUUCUGCUUCCAUUCCAAUACAUAAACCCUGUCUCAGCCCCACUGCUAGGGUUGCCCCCCAACGGGCUGCUGCUAGAGCAGCCGGGACUGAGGCUGCGGGAGCCCAGCCUGUCAACCCAGAACGAAUAUAAUGAGAGCAGUGAGUCCGAAGUCUCCCCCACACCUUACAAGAACGAUCAGACGCCCAACCGAAAUGCCCUGACCAGCAUUACUAACGUGGAGCCCAAAACCGAGCCAGCCUGUGUCUCCCCUAUUCAGAGUUCCGCCCCGGUCGGCGACCUCACCAAAGCGGAACACCCCAAAAGCUCCUUCCGGAUUCAUCGGAUGAGAAGGAUGGGGUCCGCCUCUAGGAAAGGGAGGGUGUUCUGCAACGCCUGUGGGAAGACCUUCUACGACAAAGGCACCCUCAAAAUUCAUUACAAUGCCGUGCACCUGAAGAUCAAGCAUCGGUGCACGAUCGAGGGCUGCAACAUGGUCUUCAGCUCCCUCCGCAGCCGCAACCGCCACAGUGCAAACCCCAACCCUCGCCUCCACAUGCCCAUGCUGAGGAACAACCGGGACAAAGAUUUGAUUCGGGCCACCUCGGGAGCUGCCACCCCCGUCAUAGCGAGCACAAAGUCGAGCCUCGCGCUCACGAGCCCCGGCCGGCCCCCCCUGGGUUUCGCCACGCCCCCGCUCGACCCCGUCUUGCAGAGCCCGCUGCCCAGCCAGCUGGUGUUUUCGGGGCUCAAGACUGUCCAGCCCGUUCCGCCGUUUUACAGAAGCGUCCUCACCCCGGGGGAGAUGGUGAGCCCUCCCUCCUCCCUCCCCACCAGUCCCAUCAUUCCCCCCAGUGGUCCCGGGGAGCAGCACCCCCCGCCUGCCCCUGAGCCAGCCGGGCCAGCCGUGAUGGUGGCCACCCACGAGCCCAGCGCCGACCUGGCGCCCAAGAAGAAGCCCCGGAAGUCGAGCAUGCCGGUGAAGAUUGAGAAGGAAAUUCUCGACACCGCCGACGAGUUUGAUGACGAAGACGACGACCCCAACGAAGGCGGAGCGGUGGUCAGCGACGUGAGCCAUGGCAACCACUGUCACUCCCAGGAGGAGAUGAGCCCCGGCAUGUCGGGGAGGGACUUGGCGAAGCACGGCAGGGCCCGGUGCGUUUCCAGGACUGAAAUCGGAAGGGCCGACAGCAUGACUUCCGAGGACCAAGAGCCCGAGCGAGACUAUGAGGAUGAGUCUGAGUCUUCGGAGCCCAAGCUGGGCGAGGAGUCCAUGGAGGGGGACGAGCACCUUCACAGCGAGGUCAGCGCCAAGGUCCUGAUGACCAGCGAGCGGCCCGCCGAGAACCACAGCGAGCCCUCUCACCAGGAUGUCAUCAAGGUGAAGGAGGAGUUUACAGACCCCACGUACGACAUGUUCUACAUGAGCCAGUACGGACUGUACAACGGUGGGGGGGCCGGCAUGGCUGCCCUGCACGAAAGCUUUGCAUCCUCUCUGAGCUAUGGCAGCCCUCAAAAGUUCUCCCCGGAGGGUGACCUGUGUUCGAGCCCAGACCCCAAAAUCUGUUACGUGUGCAAGAAGAGUUUCAAAAGCUCCUACAGCGUGAAGCUUCACUACAGGAACGUUCACUUAAAAGAGAUGCACGUCUGCACGGUGGCUGGCUGCAAUGCUGCGUUCCCCUCUCGCCGGAGCAGAGACAGACACAGUGCCAACAUAAACCUGCAUCGUAAACUGUUGACCAAAGAACUCGAUGACAUGGGCCUGGACUCACCGCAGCCCUCCCUCAGCAAGGACCUCCGGGAUGAAUUUUUGGUGAAGAUCUACGGUGCCCAGCACCCCCUGGGGCUCGACGUCAGGGAGGAUGCCGCCUCCCCCGCGGGCACGGAAGACUCCCACCUGAACGGGUACGGGAGAGGCAUGGCGGAGGACUACAUGGUCCUGGACCUGAGCACCACCUCCAGCCUCCAGUCCAGCAGCAGCAUCCACUCCUCCCGGGAGUCCGACGCGGGCAGCGACGAGGGCAUUCUGCUCGACGACCUCGACGGGGCCAGCGACAGCGGGGAGUCGGCGCACAAGGCCGAGGCCCCCGCCCUCCCCGGCAGCCUCGGGGCGGAGGUCGCCGGCGCGCUGAUGUUCGGCGGCCUGGCCGGGAGCCACGGGGGCAUCAUGUGCAACAUCUGCCACAAGAUGUACAGCAACAAGGGGACCCUGCGGGUGCACUACAAGACGGUGCACCUGCGAGAGAUGCACAAGUGCAAAGUCCCGGGCUGCAAUAUGAUGUUCUCCUCGGUCCGGAGCCGGAACCGGCACAGUCAGAACCCUAACCUCCACAAAAACAUGCCCUUCGCUUCCGUAGAUUAGUCUCCCAGCGGACAGCACGCAUGCCAGCUCUCGCCCGACGGCCCACGUGCCUGAACUGCCACAGUCAGUGUGCGCCUGUGGACUCGGGGUGUGUGUGUCUGUCUGUGUGUGCGCGCGCGCGCGUGUCUAGGGAUGUGUCUCUGUGUCUGCCUACGCACACACACACCUUUCCUUGAGAGAAAAAAAGAUGAACACUAGGUGCUUGUGAAUUUUUUUUUUUUUUUUUUUUCUCGCUUUUCCUUUAUAGUUUCGGGAAAGGAGUGGGGUCUUUAAUUUGGGGAGGAAUACAGAGUACCCCUUUAAACACACACACACACACACACACACACAGUGCGUGCAACUAGCCCCCAUUUUGACAGAAUAAUUCUUGGUCUUCCCCAAAGAGACAAUUUGUUGUACCCAUGACUGUUGCCUGCAAAAUAAAAGGGAAAAAAAAAAAAAAAAGGAAAAAAAAGAAACAAAAAGGAACUUCCUAUAGUUGUCUUUUGUGAACUUUAAGGUUUCGAGAGAAUCUUCAAUUAAAGCAUGGCAGAUUCACCUGUAAAUAUUGAGCCUUGAGAGGCCCUUGAUGUAAAACAAUUGUAUUGAUGGUUGUUUGACUCUUUUGUUUAAUUUUUACAGUUACAUCCAGCUGUUAGAUACGCAGGAAAAAAAUAGUUUGCUGGCUAGCUCUAUUCAUUUAUGUUAGCGUUAAUGCACAUUUUUUUUUUUUUUUAAACAUGGUCUUGUUUUUACUACCUGUUAGAUAUAGUGAUGAAGAGGUGCUG